AUGGAGCGAUCUGAGAUCAUCCCCCAAACCAAGGCCGAUCUAGGCAGCGGGCACCUGUUCUAUCAUUUCUCGCUGAGUACAGAAGAGAAGAACGCCCCCAACCCGGCCUUUGAGCACCAGAUCGCCUUCUUCGAGAGCCAUUUCACCGAGUUGAAGUACGGUCUCCUCAGCGGAGCGUCUGGCAGCGAAGACCAUCACCUUCGGUGGUAUGUUGACGGAACCUCGCACUGGGCGACCGAGUUGGAAGCUGGCACCUGGUACAACUUUGCCUACGACAUCGACUUUGACGCGCAGACGGUGGGCCUUUGGACCUCCAACGGAUCUCACCCCCUGACGCAGGUGGUCUCUGGGAUCAGCGCCUCAACUUCGACGAACUCGGCGGACUGGCACAUUGGGGAGUUGCGACUGGAUAACGGUGGCUCGGAUUCGGCUGCAGAGGAUUGGUUUUGGUCUGGAAUCUUCGUUGAGAAGGCGCCGAUCACGGCUGCCAUUGCGGGCCCGUGA